AUUAAAACUAAAAAAUCAACGACUCCUUGAUUGCCUCACGUAUGGUUGUUUCACCGUCUACUUCAUUAGGAAGCAGCAUAUCCCGUUUAAUAUAACUGAGUCCCAUUUCAUGUGCUCCACACUCUCCUUACACUUUAGAACGGCGAACUAGAUCUCUUUGUCUUUGGUUUUGUCAGCUUGUUUAACUAGGCUAGCUUCCUUACCACGCCGUUAUUUCGGAUAAGCAGGAGCUGCUGUUCGGAGCUGUUCGCUUCUGUUCAGCCUCAGAGAAUUUUAAAAGCUUCCUCAUAUAUAUUCGCUACCCGCUCUGAGUCCUUAGUUUCGUUAGCCAUGUUUGGCGAGGAUUGUAGCGUUUCACCAAAAUAAGAGAAGUGAGACAAAUGAAGGAAGCUCCUUGCUGUGUUUAUUUGAGCGUCUCAUUAGAGAACUGAGAACCAAGUGGCUCAUAGGCUGAUUUCUUAUAUAGUUUCUAAAGGAUAAAAUCAUCAUCAUUCUUCAAGACGUCUAUCUCGAGAUGUUCAAAUUCUUAUAAUAGAUUUAGAACAAGAUCGACCCAACCUAAUAUUGCUUUAUUUCAAAGGCGCAUUGUUUAAACCCAAUUUAUUCCUUACAUCAUAUUUGAGAGGGGUGUAACAUUUUUUUUUACUACAGUCGUCUUUUUUUUUUUUGUCAAACUUGAACCUUCGUUUAAUUAUCCUCAAUUGGUUUGGAUUUACCCUAGCAGUGCAAUAAACUCCUAAUCUUCGGUGUUUCAUUAGGGAAAUUAGGUCAAUAUUGUAUGUGGGCGCUUUGAAAAUGUAUUUUUUUAAGCCAGUUCUUUUAAAUGGACGCGCGGUACCUUAAGGCGGGCGUUAAACCGCCAUCCAAUGAGAAAACUCCGAGAAGCACUAGAAGUCAAAAACAGACAAAGAGACAAACGCAAAUGCACAUUAAAUCAACAACGAUGCAUUAUUUAUUUACUGGCAUAGUGUUUAUCAGUAUUUUCUCGGUGGUGGUAGGUAGCAUAACGAACCACUAUGUUUUUUUUAUUGUCGUUGUAAUCGAUCUAAGGCUGUUGCAGAUGCAGUAUUGGAACAUUCGAAACUUAUAAUUGCCACCACGUGACCACUAUGUGUGACUGAAAUCGGAACUUUAAUGGAGCUCUACCUUAUAAAUACUAGCAGUUAGGGUUUGUUUGUCAACUUUUAGGAUCAUCUUGGUCUCCUACCGGUAUUUUCGAACUUGCUUAUCAUUUUGGUGUUGAUUGUGCUGGUCAAAAAGCGAUAAAAAAUCCCAACCCUAUGUGUGCAAUUAAAACUCGUAACUACGCAAAACAAUUCGCAUGUUAAUAUAUCUACUUCCAGUCUAUCCAAGUCAUUUAUCUGAAGAAUUUCAUAAUGACUUUGUUAAUUUUACGCGGGUACGUAGAGGGUUUGUGGUUUAAAAAUAUAGAAAAUGGUCCCAGCCACUCAUGAUAAAAACGGCUGUUGAUCUCGACAGCCUAGAAUAGAUACUUUUGAAAAUUUUAUAUGAUCUUUGAUAGAUUGCAGAUUUCUAAAAAUAUCAGACAAUCAAAUCUAAAGUGGCAUUUUUCGUAUUCUUAUCAAGUAAGUAAACUCAAACUGUUAAACUGUUUGCUUUCCUUAACUUGAGUCAUGGUCCGUCUAUCAAAGUUUUAUUUAAAUAUCGCCGGAAGGCUUCACCAGUAUUGAACUGAUAAUGUGUUUUAGAGGCAUUGAAAAUCAUUUCGUUCGACCUAUUUAGUAGAAAUGAGUUUUAGCUAACAAUAUAAAAAAGCGGAAAAAAACGAAUCAUUAAUUGCGCCCGAGUGUUUUUUUUUCAAAGUCAUGGAAGAUAAUUGUAUAUUAAAAAAGAGUUAAUUGAAACGCUCUGCACGAUAUCAGAGGCAUUUAGGAUAUAAACAGUAGAUGGAUACUGAAUGGGAAUAUGCACCUGAAUGCAGGGAGUCGAUGCGGAAUGCUUUUGAUCUACUGGGCUGGUGAUAAAGUCACAUUUGUGAGUACAUUCCCAGAUUUUGUUUGUUUUGCGACUUACGUUAGACCCAUAUUCGCGCGAUUAGUAGUCCUAUCGUCCGUCCUUUACCUAUACCAAUAAACUUUGUCAUGUCAAACCCAUUUUUUUUUCUGUGCAUACAACUUAAAACCUUACCAGCUUUUAACCUGUUAAUUUUAUUUUGUUAAUAAUACAAUUGCAUACGGCUUGUGUCCACAGUCCUCUCCGUCAUGGUGUUACCAUGGUUCAAGCUUCUCCUUAUGUCUGAGCUUUGCAUUAUUGUCCAAGGAAGCCAAUCGAAAGGGUGUAAAAUCGUGACGUGGAGGGGAGUCGAGUUGGACUGUGUCAAUGCAGGGCUGACCUCAAUACCUACCGACAUACCUCCAAACAUCACUUCCAUGGUUAUUGAAUUUAACAACAUUACCAUAAUUGAAGCUGGGAGUCUGCCUGAUUCUUUGACGUUUCUCAAUCUCGGAUCUAACAACAUUUCGACACUGCCUAUCGGAGUGUUUCCUCGAGGACUCACGAGUCUGAAGCUCUCUAACAACAACAUAUCUCUUUUGGAGAAAGGAGUUUUCCUAGAAGGGCUUUACUUUCUUGACCUCUCAUACAACCAGAUUGCUACCAUACCGACGGGUAUCUUUCCUCAAGGAAUACAUACUUUGCGGUUGGGAAAUAAUCUAUUAAAGAGCCUGGUUAAAAACACCAUUCCUAGUUCUACAAUGGAACUAAUGUUGCAGAACAACCGGAUACCGUAUAUCGCGCCAAAUGUGCUUUCGUGGCGAAUUUUAACAGUUGAGCUUACCAAUAACUUGCUGACGGAGGUUCCUAGUGGUAUGCAUCCUGUCAACCUGAAGUUAGAAAAUAACAGGAUUUCUGAUCUCGGACAGGGAUUGAUUUCCAGUGAAAUAAAGCAAUUAUAUCUCAAGAACAACUUGGUGUCGACUUUGCGCAAUGGAAGUUUACCGCCAAAUAUGUAUACUUUGGACGUGAGUGGUAACGCAAUCGAGGAGAUCGAGGUGGGAUCCAUUCAGCAGCUGAGAUAUUUAAACAUGGAGUACAACAAAGUUAAAGUUCUUCAGACCGGCCUACUCUUCUCUUCCACGUGUAUUAUUUUGCUUAUAAACGAUAAUGAGCUAACUGAGAUUCAGCCAUGGUCACUACCAAACAGCCUUACUUCCAUGGACGCAAGCUCAAACCGCUUGGAACGGAUUUUACCUAAUUCUUUAGCUUUCACAUCUUUAAUUUCAUUGUACCUUCGGUCUAAUAAGCUUAAGAAGAUGGAAAUGGAUCUGUUGCCCAAGUCAUUAACUAUGCUAGACUUCAGUUUCAAUCGAGUAAGCCAGUUCCGAGGUAGACAAGACGGCGAGUGCAAUCUUGAGCAUUUGUGGAUGACGAGUAAUCAGGUGGAAUCUUUAUCAUGGGUGCACCGUUGCAGCAGACUUCAACUUCUGCACAUUGGAAAUAACAACUUUGAAGUACUUAAUGCAUCUACGCUUUCUUGCCCGCCAAUGGUCAAAGUACUGUUCAUUAGCAACAACCGCAUCGAGACACUGUCCAACUCAUCAUUUGUGAAAGCGGCGUCGCUUGAAAUACUGAUGAUCGACAGGAAUAACAUUCAACAGGUUCCCAUGUGGGAAUUCCAGAACCUUCCAUGCUCAAACUUGCAAAUCGUCAUAGCUCAAGAUGACACCGUUAACUUCGGUGGGAUUGUAAUGUCAGGGAGAUUCUCCAAAUUUGCCCUUAUGAGAGCAUCCGGUUAUAUCUGUCAUAGCAGAGGCCUAAACCAAUUUUGUUACUCAUGUGUGGCCGGUACUUAUAUGAAGGAGAACCCAUCCGGUUGCGCUAAGUGCCCAAAAGGAGGGUUUUAUCAGGAUCAAAUUGCAUGGACUCAAAUCAACGAGUUUGGUAACGGCUGUAAAGUCUGCCCACCGGGGCGAUAUUCAAAUGAGGAAGGCGCGAAGUCUGUGCUGAGCUGUGUAUCGUGCCCUGAAGGAACCAAGUAUAACGAAUUCGCGGGGUUUCGAGCCUGUUUCUGUCGUAAAAACCAUCACCGAUUUGACCGCUUUGGCGCUUGUUUUACCUGCCCAAACGGAAUGAUAUGCAGCAACGAGACCUUUACCCUGGCACCGGGGUACUACUGGAAGUGGGUGUCGCGACAAGCGGCAGAGACAUUUACACGGUUCUCUACCGAGCUACAGCUAAAGAGUGACUCGUACGACAAACAGAACUCAAAAAUAGACGUAAGCUUGAUCCCUAUGGCUUAUUGGUGCCCAAUUGGAGGUUCCUGUCUCGGAGGUCUGGAGUCUACUUGUGCGGAUGGAUACACGGGUACCCUGUGUAGUGAGUGCACCAAAGGACGGUUCAAAAGAGCCCAUAUUUGCCGACACUGCCACACUUUGACAAGCAUAGUCUUACCGAUUAUCGUUAUCAUACUGUCAAUUGUUCUAAUUAUUUUUCUGUUCACGCGAACACCGCCAACGAUUGGUGGAGUAACCCGUGCUCUGACUGAAACUGUGUUAUCAAGGUGUAAAAUCAUAAUGGGAUUUUACCAAGUGACGCUGAAAACCCUGCAUAGGAUGCCGUUCAAAACAAGUGGCGUACUGUUGGGAGUGUUCGAGGCCGUCAAGUCAUUGGAGCUCGGCCUGCUUGAUGUUCUGCCGAUUGAGUGCAUCAGAAAGGGAUUUGACACCGAGACGAAACUUCUGCUUGCAUCAGCAGUGAAUGUUGCGGUUUUGAUUUUAGCUCUACUGUGCUGCUGUAUUUCACCAAGAGUCAAGGGGAGAGCGGGGCAUAAAGGACUACGGGCAUGUAUCGGCGCUGCACUCUUUUUGCUGGUCCUCCUUUUCCCGUCGUGGGUAGAAAAAGUGUUCUCCGUUCUUCCCUCUACAUGCUUUCGCAUCUGCUCCGACCUAACGAAAAAGAACUGCCACUCUUACCUCAGGUCCGAUGUGAGCAUCGUCUGCGAGGGGGAGAGUCUCGACAGGCUGUCACUGUACGCGUAUCUUGGAAUUCCUCUAGUCCUGGGAAUGCCCUUGAUAAUACAGUGUAUGCUGCGCCUUUACACGAGGCGGGAUGAUGAGCACGUGAAACAAGGCAUGAGAUUUCUAUAUGAAGGAUACAAACCGGAGUAUUACUACUGGGAAUUGAUCGAGAUGUACCGCCAGUUCGUGGUUGUAUCGUCGACUGUUCUUAUGGAUGCUGUGAGUCGUACCUUCAUCGUGCUGCCUGCCCUGAUCUCGGGGAUUUACGCCGUGGUUUUUGCCUACGUAAAACCGAUGAAGCACACUUGUGACCACGUGAUGCAGAUAACUGCGCUCAUCAUGACCACGGUGAAUGCUCAGGUCGCCAUUCUUAUCAGGAUCCCUGAGGAUGAGCUUGAGUACGUGAUUGACAGGCAGACGCACUCAGAUGGCUUACUUGUGCUAGUGUUGAUUGGUAACAUUCUGGUUUUACUGAUUGCUGGAGGUUACCUCAUUUUCGCUAUCACCACAUUCCUGAGAACGACAACUUUCUCCCCUUAUCAAGUAGCGGAGAAUCGUGGAGUCGUUGGGGGCCAUGAGGAUAACCAAGGGUUUGUAGGAGAUCAAAGCGUCGAAGGAGACAAGUUUAUCCCACCGUCCCGACGGACCAGUUGGACAGAUCACGUUACUGGCCAGAAUCACGUGAUAACUGCUGAUACAGGGGGCGAUGAGGAUAACCAAGGGUUUGCAAGGGGUCAAAGUGUCGAAGGAAACGGGUCUAUCCCGCCGUCCCGACGGACCAGUUGGACAGAUCACGUGACUGGCCGGAAUCACGUGAUAACUGCUGAUACAGGGGGCCAUGAGGAUAACCUAGGGUUUGCAGGAGAUAAAAGUGUCGAAGGAGACGAGUCUAGUGCGCCGUCAUCCCGACGGACCAGUUGGACAGAUCACGUGACUGGCCAGAAUCACGUGAUAACUGCUGACGUACACGUGACCGAUGCACGUGACCGAGACGUUAGAUCUGAAAGCACUGAGAAGCUGGAAAUGGAUGUUUUGGAUCGCAUGAUAGACCAAGAUCACAUGACUCAAGCUGGAACUCAACCAACAACCGCAAAGCAUCAUGGUUCUAAAGCACGUUUGCAAGAAAUGUUUGAAAGUGAAAAGUCUCCUGAUGAGAACAGUUUGGAAACAGCAUUCUGAAUUCAUUGUCACUCAUUUUGUCGAUUUGGGUCCAUUUCAAGAGUAUCUAUCUAUAAACACUUUAAUAUCAACCCUUAUUAACCUAUUUGAUAAUCUUAGAUGUUUAAGCGUAAGUAACGAUAUGUAACUGACAGUAUGUCAUAUAUAUAUAUAUAUGAAAUAUGAAGAAUCAAAUAAAAAUAUUAAAACUCGU